ACAUGCAACAGAUGCCGUUGUCUUGUUUGUCACAUUUGCAGUAUAGUAAGAGAGACACAGAGAGACAGACAGACAGAGAGACAGAGACAGAGGGAAUUGUCCUUGAUUAAAGCUUCAUUACCAUGGGCAGCAGAUGCAAUGAGACACAACAAGGUGGUAAGUCUUGAUUAAAGAUUUAGAAAAUGUCAUCCAGUGUGAGAUGUUACCAUGAUCAUUCUUGAUGUAAGGGUUGAUGUGUGAUUGAAAGGUCAUCAAUGGCAUAUGCCGCAUUCAGCCACAUUAAGUACAGCUUAGAAGACAUUGAUACUACAGCUACUAGUUAGGUAACAUGGUAACAUUUGCUAGUGUAGAAACUAGAGAGGUCUCACUCCGUUUAUUUUUGAAGAGCUGAGUCUUUUCCCAGGAAAUGAUAAGUACGAUGACUUUUUGUUUUUGCAUUUAAUUGGUUCACAAUUGAAUUAAUUAAGUAAUUCCUGAUCAUUUUACCUAGUUGCUAAUGUAUGAUUAAAUAUGAAUUAUUUUAAUAACAAAUAACAAUUCAAUACAUUUAUGUAUCUAUUAAUUUGUUAGAUUUUGUGUGGAAUGGUGUUUGAACAGUUUGAGAGUGCAGUGAGACAUAGCCUGAAACAAUAAAAGUGACAGGGACAAAAAUGAGAUUUUAAAAAGCAUUUUACAUUAAUGUUGUGGUGAAGAUGAAGAAACGGAGAUUGAAUACUUUCUCACUUGAUGAGAGACAGGCUCAGUGAAACGUCAGAGUACUGCAGUGAGUUGCAUUGAAACAAGGCUUUGCAAAUGUUUUUGGAGAGAGGAAAUGCAUCCAACGUUGUUUGCUGAGCAUGUAUUCUUGCAACACAAACCUGCUGCACUGUGCAAUCACAUAUUGCACACAUUCACGUAUGCAGUAACGUCUCAGUUAUAACCUCAUCUUCUGCUGCAGACGACUGAGCAGAUCCACUGAGCAGCUCCACUGACAUUCUGUAUGUGUAAAUCUGCUUUCAUGAUUUGUUUUAUUGCCUUGUUUCCCAAGCAGGGAAUGAAACAGUCUGCUGACACUUACUCCUUUAAAUGUUGCGCAUUAAGUUAUAUUUUUGUCUAACCUUGUUUUAGCUAGCAUUGCAGUCCAUGUGACAAACCCAACCAAAGGACUACAUGGCCCAGGUUUGACAAACACAAAUCAGAGUAUUACAACUUACCUGCCCUUAUAAUGAGGAUGGGUAUUGGUUCAGAUAUGGAUUGUGUUGGAAAAUAGGUGAACAAAAAACUAAAUGACAUUUUUCCAAAAAAAAACUGAUACCAUAUACCAUACAAACUGUGACAGUGGACACAAAUCAAUUUCAGUGUUCUUAAAUUUACAGUGUUGUCUAAAUGUUUUUUCCUUUUAAAAAUCUAUUAAGCUUUUUCAAUGUCUUAUAUGCUCUAUUAUUGUGCUAUUUCGGCUGUCUCUCUGUGUGAAAUGUGCUCCAUAAAUAAACUUGACAUUUCCCUUAGUUUCUAAAAUAGAUUUUGAGUUGGCAGAUAUUGUGGUUCAGUGGUUAGCACUGUCACCUCACUGUGCAGGUGGUUUUUGUAUCUGUGUCUGCAAAGGUUUUCUCAAAACUCAUAUACAUGUGGUUAAGUGUAACAUAUAAACUUAAAGCUUCCAGACACUAAGAAUGGACUUCUCAUGUUUUGCAUUUAAACUUCUUAAAAUGAGAAUAUUUGCAUUCAUAGGUUCUGGAUUUUUCAAUGCAGGACGUGUCAAUAAGAUCUUAUGAAUUUUUAUAGCUUACCUUUCUUGUGGAAAAAACAUAUCCAACACAUAUUAUUAUUGAAAGAGUAUUCAAUUAUCAUAAAUGAUCCUUAUUUUUUCUUUGUCUCUCCAGGUUGGAGUUUUUUGUGUGUUCCAUUGAAUCUACAGGUGAUAUUCGGCAUCAUCACCAUAGUGCUGGUCCUCUCACUGUGUUGGAAUAUUUUUUGCUGCGUAUCAAAAUGUUCCUCAGGAAAAGGGCUAUGUAAACCAAGGACAAGACAAAUACGGAGCCAAAGGCAGAUGGAAGAUAAUCCUAUUUAUGGAAACAUAGGCUUGCAGUCAAGCAUGGCUUCGUUCAUAGAAGUUGAGCCUCAACACUCUUCAUCUUUGAGGGAUCAACAUAGAGUCAAUCCGGAGUCACAGUCCAAAACUCAGGACUGCUAUGCCAACCUGAACCUGAAGGCUCCCAGGCUGCAGUCUGGCCGUGUCUCUCCACAGAUACAGUACUCAGACGUAGUUCAUUUAGAGGAGGCGCCGGAGUCAGAGAAGGAGGAUGAAGGCAACGCUGACGGCGUCUCCACCAUGUCUGAUCUGUAUGCUUCUGUGCAAAAUCAGCGCACCAAAACUGUCGACACUGCAGACAGCAGAGAGGGCUACGCCAACCAUCUCUGAGAUGCCUUACAUGGUCUUUGUGCAUCUUGACCUGCCGCCACAGGAUGGCACUGUUUGUUGUUUGUCAUCAAAAAUGUCAACCCCUCUGUGUAGCUCAGUAGUGCAUGUCAUACCGCUCAUGCACACUAACUGAAUUGUAUUAGUUGUAUUUUUGACUUGCCUUGUUUGGUGUUUCUGCAAAGCAUUUGAUUAAUUAUUUAAAAUAUAUCUUUGACUGUUGUUUCUCUCCUAAAUCACACUGGGAUUUAUUAAUUGUGUGUCUUUACUGAAAUUAUACCCAUUGAUUAUUUAAGAUCCCCUCCUGACGUGUUUGAAGACAAAUACUCUGCUUUGAACAAUAAUUUGUUUCUGAUGUGUUCCACCAAAAAGUUUGUUUGCUUUUUCCAGGUUUUCUCAUCACAUUUGGCUUCAACGCUUGUGACAAUAUCCUGCUGGUGCGUUUUGAGUAGAAAGGGACUUCAAAUUACAUUCCCACUAAUCAAUAUCUGACUUGUCAUAUAAAGCAAUUCAUAUUGUAAAUGCCAGCUCCUGUAAUCUUUCCUGGGCUUGAAUUAAUGUCACUUACUUGGUUAAUGUUUCAACCUGUCAUAUCUGACCUGAUAAAAAGGGUUACUGCAAUAAUAAGCAACUCUAACAGAUUGUAAAAAGUCAACUUUGUUUAAAGUAGGCCUUUUUUAGUGUCGGUGGUGAGUUAUGUAAAGUUGUGACAAAAACAAAACACAGGUUAGCUUACAGAGCGGAAGACCAUGUGUGCGUUUUCCACUUUCACCUUGAACUUUGCAAAAUAAGAUAGCGUACAGCUGUUGAAUGUUAAGAAAUAGAGCAAUGCAGAUAAUGAGGUGGGUAAAUUGACACCAUCAAACUGAACUGAAAUCUUUGUUUUCAACCACACAGUACAGAGGCUACUGUGACGGUCCAUCAUUUUCACUUAGAGGUCAAAUUUCAAGUCAUGGUCGCAGUGGUGUGAUGUUCUUAAUAAAGCUGAUGAAA